CAUUGACUUCGAUCGAGAGAUGCCGUCCGAGCAGACGCCGCUGACCAAGCAAGGGUCGUCUGGGUGCAUCAACACGUGCGAUUUGAAAGAAGAACGCCGUUGCAAUGACAUCUUCUUUGUGAUCUUGUACCUGAUCGCGUUUGGCGUGGUCAUCGCGCUCUUCUCCAUGUACGGCGGUGAAGUUUUGACGUACGCCGGCGACACGUUGUUGCAAAAGCAGCACAAGUUCAAGUACGCGCUCAACAUUUGCGCGUCGAUCGCGGGCGGCUCGGUUGUUCUGUCCAUGCUGUGGGUCGGCAUCAUGUUGUGCCUUGGUGCGUGGUUGAUCUGGAUCUGCGCCGGCGUGGCGAUUGCAGGUUCUGUCGUCGCCGGCUUUGUCGCGUCCAAGUUCAUGAAGGACAGUGGCGACGACACGUGGUUUUGGCUGCCGGCCACCAUCGGGUCGCUCCUUGCGAUUCUCGUCACUGUGUACGUGUGCUGUAUUCGCAAGCGCAUCGCGUUCGCCAGCGCCAACUUGCAAAUUGCGUGUCGAGCCAUCUUGACGUACCCUGUCAUUCUGCUCGUGGCGUUCUUCAACACGUUGCUUAUCGGGGCGUGGGUGCUUGUGUGGUCCGUGGCAACGUACGCCGCCAUGAACCACGGCGAGUACAUCCAUGCCAACGGCGAAGGGUACAACAACGUGCAAAAGUUCAGCAUCUUCGUCGCGCUGCUUCUCGUCUUCUUCUGGACCAUGUUCAUCGUGCGCAACAUCGUGCAUGUGACCGUGUCCGGGACGGUUGCGACGUGGUGGUACCGCGCCGACAACAAUCGGAUCCCCAUGACGACGAUGCGCGCGCUCUUCAACGCGGCCGUGCUCUCGUUCGGGUCGAUCUGCUUUGGCUCGUUGAUCGUGUCGGUGAUCGAAACGAUCAAGACCGUGAUUGAAAUCUUUCGCAACCUGGCCAAGCAAAGCCAGAAUGCGGUCGCGGUGUGCCUCUUGGGCUGCCUUGAAUGCAUCGUCGGGUGCAUCUCAAACCUUGUUCAGUACUUUAACAAGUACGCGUACUCGUACGUGGGCAUCUACGGGUUUAGCUUCCUGCGCGCCGGCAAGGAAACGUUUGAGUUGUUUGAAAAGAUGGGCUGGUCGGCGAUCGCAAACGACGCGCUCAUCGACAACGUCCUGUUGGCCGGAUCGAUCUUUGUCGGGCUUGGCGGGGCCGCCGCUGGCUACGGCGCCGUGAGCUACGACAAGCAAUACAACAACAAGUUGUGGACCCAAAACCUGGAAAACCCCACCGCGACACUCGGCACGGCUGGGCUCCUCAUCGGGUUCUCCAUCUGCUACAUCGUGAUGGCGGUCAUUCACUCGAGUGUGGCGACCACGUUUGUCUUGUUCGCGGAAGACCCGCAUUCGCUCCACCACUCGCACCCGCAAGACUACGAAGACUUGCACCAAGCUUGGAACGAAAUCUACCCCGAAGAGUACGCCAAGAAUCCCCACGGCACCAAGGCCGACAACCUCGCUAUCCAGCACACGUAAUCGACAUGAGUCGCGCCGUGUUGCUGGCUCGUGUAGCCGCCGAUUUGUAUCGUUGCCCACAUCUAUGUCUACUUGAUCCUUGCCUUUACUAAAACGUCGUUGGGCCGUUUUGGUUGGGUUCGACUUGUAUUCGC